CGGGGGUGACCGGGCCAUGCGGGGCCGGCGGUGAGGCGGGAGGCGCUCCAUGGCCCGCGGGUCGGGGUGAGGCGCGGCCGGGCCAUGGCGGGCGUGAGCUACUCGCCGCCCUGGUGGGUGAGCCUCCUGCACCGCCUGCCGCACCUCAGCCUGCGCUGGGAGCUCACCGCCGCCGACUUCCGACCGCACGACGCCGAGUACCAGCAGGCCCUGUUGCUGUUGGGUGGCAUCGCUCUCUCCUGCCUGGCUCUGGACCUGCUCUUCCUCCUGUUCUACUCCUUCUGGCUGUGCUGCCGCCAUCGGAAGAGCGAGGAACACCUGAAUGCUGACUGCUGCUGCACGGCCUGGUGCGUCAUCAUCGCAACCCUCGUGUGCAGUGCUGGGAUUGCUGUGGGAUUCUAUGGGAAUGGGGAGACCAGCGACGGCAUCCACCGGCUGACGUACUCGCUGCGCCACGCGAACCGCACCGUGGCCGGUGUCCAGGACCGGGUGCUGGAUACUGCAGUGGCCCUGAACCAAACAGUGGAACCCAACUUGCUAGUGCUGGAGGAGAUGUUCACGAAGCAGACAGACUACCUGCAUGUUGUCCAGAAACUGCAGAGUCUCUUGGAUGAUCUGGUCAGGCAAACAACUGAGAUCCCCUUUUGGAAGAAUGAAGAGGUGUCUCUGGAGGAGCUGGCGAUUCAGAUUGACCUCUAUGACUGGUACAGAUGGCUGGGAUACCUGGGCCUGCUCCUGUUUCAUGUCCUGAUAUGUUUGCUGGUGCUCUUUGGGCUCAUUAGAAACUCCAGGGCCAUUCUUAUGGGGGUGUGCUUGCUUGGGGUGUUUGCCCUGAUUGUCAGCUGGGGAUCCCUGGGCCUGGAGCUGGCUGUCGCUGUGGGCUCCAGUGACUUCUGUAUCAACCCUGAUGCUUAUAUCUCCAAAGUGGUUGAAGAGAAUGCAGUGCUCAGUCCUGAUAUUCUGCGCUAUUACAUGACCUGUAGUGCUGGAUACCCCAACCCUUUCCAGCAGAAGCUGUCAGGAAGUCACAAGGCUCUGGUAGAAAUGCAGGAUGACGUUAUGGAACUCAUGAGGUCAGCGACCAGAGAGCACCCCACCUCCAAGGAGUAUCUUACUCGGAUCCAGGAGGUUUUGAAUUCAACAGAGAUCAACUUGCAGCAGCUGACAGCUUUAGUGGACUGUCGGAGUCUGCAUUUGGAUUAUGUCCAGGCUUUGACAGGCUUCUGCUACGAUGGAGUGGAAGGCCUCAUCUACCUGGUUCUCUUCUCCUUUGUCACAGCCCUCAUGUUCAGUUCCAUUGUCUGCAGCGUCCCACACACUUGGCAGAAUAAGAGAGGCUCAGAUGAUGAUGGGGAAGAAGAAUCAGCUGCUCAAGGGAGUAGACAGACACACGAUAAUCUGUACAGAGUGCACAUGCCCAGCCUCUAUAGCUGUGGGAGUAGUUAUGGCAGUGAGACCAGCAUUCCAGCAGCAGCACACACAGUCAGCAAUGCUCCCGUCACGGAGUACAUGAGCCAGAAUGCAAAUUUCCAGAACCCCCGUUGCGAGAAUACCCCGCUCAUUGGCCGGGAGUCCCCACCUCCCUCAUACACCUCCAGCAUGAGAGCCAAAUACCUCGCCACCAACCAACCUCGUCCAGAUGCUGGCAGUGUGCAUUAAAAUGAAAAAGCAAAAGCAAAAAAAAACAACAAAACAAAACCCACAUGUGCAGUCAGACUAAACAAUGUGCCAACUGCUGUGCCCCUGUGCUGUCCUCGUAGAACAAUCCUGCUGUUCUGCCCAAAAUCCAGUGCAGCUCCUUCUGUUUCUCCAGUCCAGACCACCCCUCCAACCUGGUACCUGCCCACUGGAGUUGAAAGCUCCUUUUGAAAUUAAACCUUCACCUUGUUGUACCUGAUGUGAAAGAGGAAAUAUGUGCAGGCAAGCAACUGAGAGCACCCAGGCAGGAAACUGGGUCCACCAGCCCAUGGGCCAGCUGACUAGAGCAACCUGUCAGAAAAAGUUGGUGAAUACCUUCUGCCCCCUUUUUUCCCCCCUUCUGUUCCCAGAGGGACUCGGUGAAAGAUGGUGGUAGAUCUUCUUCACUUCUGCAGUGGGAUCAACAGCCUGUCAAACCCUGACGACGCAGAGACUCGGUGCCUGGGACCAGUGUACAACAAGGGAAUGCUGAGUCAGUGGGACUCAGCAUCCCACAGCAUCUCACUGGGAGUCCUCUGGUCCACUGCCCUGUGGGAGGGAGGAGGGUAACUCCUGCCUCAUGGUGUCACUGCAUAUCCACUGGAAUUUGCUCUUUCAGAGCAAACCAUUUCACUACCCUGGUUAACUUUUUUUUUUUUUUAAGUCCAUUAAGAAAAUGCCUUUGUCUUUGCCACUCUAUCUAUCAUGUGAAUUCUUGAGGAGGAGCAGGGGGCCCAGCACCAGUCAGCUACCCUGUCCAUUGCUCUGAACCUGAUCUCUCUGCUCCAUCAGGGAAGCUCAGGUACUUGCAGAUGGUGUUCUGGGUGCUGCCUUUGCGAGGCUGACACACAGAUCAAACAGGAGCCAGCCACUCGGUGCCAAAUUUUUCCAGGGAGAGGCUCAUAAGACUUUAUGGGGGACAUUUUUGCACUAAAGAGUUUUGACUCUCUGAUGCUAAAUCUUAUGGGACAGUCAGCUUGGAAAAGCAAGAGAAACUGGAAGCACCAAUGGAUUCAUAGCAAAUGGAAGCUCUCCCCGCAGGAGUGACCUGUGAACUCUGCUGGACUUUUUUUCCUUUUUUAUAAAUCAUAAUUUACAGCACAGGGUUGCUGAACUGGCAUUGAAGGAGGUUUUUGGAGCCUCAAUCCUAACAAACUCACAAGAUCAUCGGUGUAUCUUCUGUGUUUUAGAUCAGAAACCCGGUUGAUGUCUGGAGAACAUUGUGACUGUCAGAACAGGUUUAUAUUUUAUUCUGUUUUAUUUUGUUUAGUUUUUCAAGGCACAUUGCUAACCACUAUCUGACCAUACUAAUGCACAUGUAAGGCAUUUUCUAGACACGAGGCAGAACAAGGCUUGCAAAGGGGCAGCUGGGUGCCUGCAGAGGGCAACAUCCUUCAUUGGUGCUGUACUUCCCACUGAAGAGCAGUGCUCCAAAGGGCACUGACAGCUUCCUGCUGGAAGAGGAGACUGCCUCUUGGGAGGUACUGUCGAGUACUGCCCUUUCAGUAGGGUAACUAUGAUGUUCCUUUUUGUCUUUUUACCUCUUAGUAGGGGCAUCUUAGCGUAGCUGCUGGGCAUUAUAUUAAAUAACUGGCAGAGGAAAUAAAAUGGGAAACAUCUCUCAAACUGGAGUUGAGCCAUUGGCAGAGGCAGUUAGUUUUCACCUCAGUGAUGUUCAGACUGGGUGUCUGUUUACCCCAUGUUUGCUGGUUGGGGCACAGAAUCUACCAAUCUGCCUUUACUCAAGUCAGUUGCCUUCUUGCAGUGAGGUAGGAAUUGCUCCUAGCAGGCAGCUCACUAGGCUGAUGGUAUCUGCUGUGAGAUGGUACCAGCUCUGUGGCAGAGCAAGCUUUGAGACUCUUCUUAAGAUAGAAACCACUAAUUAACUGCAAAAGCUGUAGGCCAGCUGUUACCAUGCAAAGGAGUGAGGGAGACAGGGAGGAGGCACCACCAUGCAGACAGGAAGAGAAGGUUUUGGAGAAAAGUUCACACUUCACCAUAAAUCUCUGGAAGCAGGAUUUUCUUGCUCAGGACCAAGUAUGCCCUUUCAGACAUGUUGGAUGGGCUUCACACUGAAACAUACCUCUGUUUUAUCAAAUAACAAGGGCAGGGAAAUGUAGUCACAGGUGGUAUGGAGGGACACUGGCUCAUGAGCACCAGGUUUUCCACCCUGUGUUAGAGCCUACCAGGAGACCCAGGUGUGCAUGUGUGGUUUGGUGAGCUUGCAGCCCCAACCACCCAACUGCUAUCUAGAGGGAACCCAACCUUUCCUUCACUUUGAAAAAAAAAGUAAGAGCCAUAUAAUCCUUAUUAAAACUGAGUUGUUCUGCCAUCAUCCUCCUUGCAAGGAUGUGCUCCGAUUGCUACUCACACUAUCAAUUUUAGGGGAGCUGCCCUGAAAUCUGUGGCCUGGUCCUACUCAUUUGAAGGCAAGUGUUUUGAAGGCUGGAGGGUGUGGGGAACCCUGUGAAAACAAGUGCUUCUGUAUACUGACUUCUCUGUAUACAGAGUGCACCCUGAACCUGUGUGUGACUGCACUUGGGGUUGGGUCUGAAUUGUCACAGUGGCAUUGCCUGUGCCAGGCAGUAACGAGGAGCGAGCCGAUGCCUUUUUGUUUGCAGAACGGAGCAGCCACCUUGACCUGCUUCCUUCCAAGGUUUGGCACAGCCACUUACAACACCCAGAACAACUUCUGGCGGUGUUUGGGGCUUGCAGCAAGGCACAGCUGUGGAGACAUGUGCUCUGUGACUUCAACAUAUAACUGGAAAGAAUGUUGCGGAGAUGACGUUUUGCUCUCUGGAGGCCAGCACAACGGGACUGCGGUGUGAGCUGUGUACCUGUGUCCAGCCAGCACUUCCUUUACUUGACAUGGAUAUUGCACUUUUGUAAAGCAUCCUGGAACUCUGCUGCCCCGCUGCAUGCUGUGCAGAGCGCUGGAUAGGAAACACAGACAAAUGCGUUUCUUUUGGUUUAUUAUUAUUGUUAUUACUACUUUUUUUUUGUUUGUUUUCCUUUUUUUAUUUUACUGGAACCUUGAGCAACAGCAUGGCAUUUUUUGCAGGCUGGUCUGAAAGGAUCUGCUGAAGAACAGAUGGCCUUUGCCUAUUCUUAUGGCUGCGACAUAAUCAGUCUCAUCCAUAUGGUCACAUUCUGUCUGAGGAGUGGACUUUGAAAAGCCAAGAUCUCCCAGACUCUGUGCCUCCCUCUCGGGUGAACAGCAGGUGCUAUCUGGCGAAGACUCAUCUGUUCUGGAUGGCAUUCAUGGUUGAGGGAGUCCAGACUCUUCAAGCUGCAGGAGGUAAAGCUGUGGAGACUUCUCUCUCUUCCAUCGUGUCUCUCUGUUUUUAAUGUGACAAAAUGCCAAGGCCAUAUCACUUGGUGUGUCCCAGCUGACCUUAUCGGACAUUUCUCACGUGACCGGUUGCUAGCAAAAGGGUCCAGAAGUCAGGGGAGCUGAGAUUGGCCUCUGGACACCUCUCUGACUGCAGAACAGAAGGCAGCUUGUCCGGUGGAGGGUGACUGCAUCGGUGAAGACACUUCAUGUUACUUUUUCAGAAGCACAAAUGUGGUCAUUGGCUUGUCUGGUUGGCUUGGUUUAUUUCCACCGCAUCAUCAUGUGUGAAUGACACUUUCUUUUGGAACUGAGAACUCUUCCAAGCACACAAACAUCUCCACAAUGUGAAAUGUAAAUAGCAUGUUGGACUCUUGUGUCCAGUGUUCAAGACUGCAUUGUAAUUGUAAAGGAAAUCAAAUCAAGACUUGGCUGUGAAUUUCUUGUGCUGUCUUGGGAAUUAUAACUGUAGUGUUUGUAUCCUGUAUGUAUUAUUAAAUUGAGUUCAUUUUGUGUGCUGAUAAAAGGGUUCAAGCUAAGAUUUUUAGCGUGCAUCCAUGUAUCCAAAUGUGAAGGAUGGAGUGCUCCCUUCCCCUCCUGUCCUUUUAAGUUUCUCCAUUUGAAAGGUGUUGAUUUUCCGUGUACAGUCAUCUCAGCCAAGAUGCAAGGGAUGUUCAUUUGAGUGCUUUGAGGGGGACACAGUGCAUGGGGUUUCAAGAGAUCCUGAGUUAGGAUUUCCAUAGCAGUUCCCUGAAACUACAUGAAAAGUUUGGCCUUUCUGAGAGUGGAACCCUUUCUCAGGGAGCUGCUCAGCCAUUGCUCUGGAGAGCUUUUGGUGCUGCAGGGUGGCAGCAGGCAGGAGUGGGUGGGUGCCCGUCAGAGCAAGGUACAGGUACCUGCGUGAAUAAACCCAGGCUUUGCUUCUGGUCCCACCUUCUCUCCCUUCCAGCAGCAGCUGAAAUACCAUGCUGAGCCCUUUGAAGAAGAGAGAAGUGUCUUGGCUUGUUGAUCCUUACCACCCCACCUGAUUCAGGAGGAGAUGAGGUGGAUGGGUUUUCAUUUAGCUCGGGAGAGGAGCUGUCUUUGAAGUACUUCCUACCUGGGAACCAAGGAGAAGCCGGGGUCUUCCCCAACUGUUAGUGUAACUCAGUGAGCAUCUCUGGGUGGGAGGGGAAAAGCCCUCCAGGGAGAUACCAAGGAGUAGAUCUAAUGCCUUGAGAAAGAGGCCUGACAAGACCCAAUCUGUACCUCCUUUCAUCACAGCCUACUCCCGUUUUCCAGAAAUUAUUUCUGUGUAUGCUAUGGAUGGCUUCCCCAGUCAUUCCAGGAGGCCCAGCAGAAGCGUGGGAUGCUUUGGUAGCAGUUCCUAGAUGGCUAACAAGUGAUUUGUGCUUUCAGGGUGGUGUGGGAUCUCCUGCCAAGCCGUGAUGGUGAGCAUGUUGCCCAGCUGGGAGAGAAGGGAUGGGUUACUGGUGGCCUGGAGCUCCCGGGUGCUCACCCAGCCCCUGUGGCUGCAUGAACAAAGUGGAACAUAAAUUGACAUACAACCAGAAAGUUCAAAAUACUCCUUUCCUGAUGAGGAUAACUGUAGCAUGAAGCUCUUAGGUGCUCUGCAUAUUUGAUACCACAUUGCUCCUCACUAUGCAAUUCCCAGCUCCUUCCUUCCUGUUCCUCCUCUAAUCUCACACCAAGACUUCUCCAGUGGCCUCUGCCCAGGAGGCUACUGAAGUCCCAGGAAAGCUUCACUCCUUUUGUUGUGCUCUGCAUCGGGUCCAGCCGCCCAGCCGUCACAUCGUGUGCCUCAGGUCCCUUGGUAACGGGAGGCUCCACGAGUUUUAUUCAUGUCAUUCAGAGGGAAGUUUAUUUUCUUGGACACUGUGCACAGAAACCUAAUGGUGAACAUGUACCUGGCCUUUUUGUAACUUCUCUGGGUUUUUUGGGUUUUUUUCUUUUUUUUUUUUUUUUUUCUUAACCAUAAUGGUUGUAUAUCAUACCACUUUAUAUACAUAUAUAAUAUAUAAAUAUAUAUAAUUUUUUUUUAAAAAACUUUGGACCUGCUAGUUUCUUUCAAGUGUUCCUGCACUUACCCAAAAUGUUUUUAAAUUGUGAGGAUUAAAGAGGAUUGAGCCCAGUUUUGUAUCUUUACUUUUAAUUCUGUAGUUCUAUUGAUUGUAACGUAGCUAUUUUUUACUGUAACUUUUUGGUUUGCAAAUACUAAACAAAAAAACCUAAAUGUAAUUUCUGUGGUUUCUAUUCAGCUUGGGUUUCAUGUUUUAAAAAUAAACGAUUUAAAACCAC